AUGGACUAUUCAUACGACGAGGACCUGGACGAGCUGUGCCCCGUCUGUGGGGACAAGGUGUCCGGCUACCACUACGGGCUGCUCACAUGCGAGAGUUGCAAGGGCUUCUUCAAGCGCACGGUGCAGAACAACAAGCACUACACGUGCACCGAGAGCCAGAGCUGCAAGAUCGACAAGACGCAGCGCAAGCGCUGUCCCUUCUGCCGCUUCCAGAAGUGCCUGACAGUGGGGAUGCGCCUGGAAGCCGUGCGCGCUGACCGCAUGCGGGGCGGCCGGAACAAGUUUGGGCCCAUGUACAAGCGGGACCGGGCCCUGAAGCAACAGAAGAAGGCACAGAUUCGAGCCAAUGGCUUCAAGCUGGAGACAGGCCCCCCAAUGGGGGUGCCCCCACCGCCCCCUCCCCCACCGGACUACAUGCUGCCCCCUGGCCUGCAUGCACCUGAGCCCAAGGGCCUGGCCUCUGGUCCACCUGCUGGGCCACUGGGCGACUUUGGGGCCCCAGCGCUGCCUAUGGCUGUGCCCAGCGCCCACGGGCCACUGGCUGGCUACCUCUAUCCUGCCUUCCCUGGCCGCGCCAUCAAGUCUGAGUACCCAGAGCCCUACGCCAGCCCCCCACAGCCCGGGCCGCACUACGGCUACCCAGAGCCCUUCUCUGGAGGGCCUGGUGUGCCCGAGCUCAUCCUGCAGCUGCUGCAGCUGGAGCCAGACGAGGACCAGGUACGGGCGCGCAUCGUGGGCUGCCUGCAGGAACCGGCCAAAGGCCGCCCCGACCAGCCUGCACCCUUCAGCCUCCUGUGCAGGAUGGCUGACCAGACCUUCAUCUCCAUCGUGGACUGGGCACGCAGGUGCAUGGUCUUCAAGGAACUGGAGGUGGCCGACCAGAUGACACUACUGCAGAACUGCUGGAGUGAGCUGCUGGUGUUCGACCACAUCUACCGUCAGAUCCAACAUGGCAAGGAGGGCAGCAUCCUGCUGGUCACUGGGCAGGAGGUGGAGCUGACCAUGGUGGCCGCCCAGGCAGGCUCCCUGCUUCACAGCCUGGUGCUUCGGGCGCAGGAGCUGGUGCUGCAGCUGCACGCGCUGCAGCUGGACCGCCAGGAGUUCGUCUGCCUCAAGUUCCUCAUCCUUUUCAGCCUCGAUGUGAAGUUCCUGAAUAACCACAGCCUGGUGAAGGACGCUCAGGAGAAGGCCAAUGCCGCCCUGCUCGAUUACACCCUGUGCCACUACCCGCACUGCGGAGACAAGUUCCAGCAGCUGCUGCUGUGCCUGGUGGAGGUGCGGGCGCUGAGCAUGCAGGCCAAGGAAUACCUGUACCACAAGCACCUGGGCAACGAGAUGCCCCGAAACAACCUGCUCAUCGAGAUGCUGCAGGCCAAGCAGACCUGA